GGAAUUUAUAAGUAUUUGACUUUACUCAAAAUGUGCAAAGAAGAAUAAUGGAAGCCCCUGAAUAUCUUGAUUUGGAUGAAAUUGACUUUAGUGAUGACAUAUCUUAUUCAGUCACAUCACUCAAGACCAUCCCGGAACUGUGCCGAAGAUGUGACUCGCAAACCGACGACCGAUCAGUUUCUAGCUCUAGCUGGAAUUGUGGCGUCUCAACUCUCAUUACAAACACGCAAAAGCCUACAGGAAUUGCUGAUGUAUACAGUAAGUUCCGCCCAGUGAAGCGGGUUUCCCCACUGAAACAUCAGCCAGAGACUCUGGAGAACAAUGAAAAUGAUGACCAAAAGAACCAGAAAGUGGAGUACCAGAAAGGGGAUGAGUCUGGCCCAGGCCCCCAGCCCGAGGAGCCAGGCCCAGGGGAAGGAGUGGGUGGCCCUCCAGGUAAGAGCUCCGAGCCCAGCACUUCGCUGGGCGAACUGGAACAUUACGACCUCGACAUGGAUGAGAUUCUGGAUGUGCCUUACAUUAAAUCCAGUCAACAGCUUCCCUCUUUUACCAAGGUGACUUCAGAAAAAAGAAUUUUGGGUUUAUGCACAACCAUCAAUGGCCUUUCUGGCAAAGCCUGCUCUACGGGAAGCGCCGAGAACUCGCCAUCCAGCAUGGCACCAUUUUGUGUUCUUUCUCCCGUGAAAAGUCCUCACUUGAGAAAAGUAUCAACUGUCAUCCGUGACCCGCACAAGCUCUCCACUGAAGAACCCCAGAGUUCGCCUCCUCUGGUUAAAUGUGGCUCUGCAUAUGAGCCUGAAAACCAGACCUUCAGUGAUCCGCAUGGUCGCAAAGUUGAGAAAACGAUGCCAGACUGCCAGCUCAGGGCCUUCCAUCUGCAGUCGGCACCCGCAGAACCCACACCGGAGGAGCAGGUCAGUGGCCUGGCCUGGACCAGCUCCCAAGUCCCAGAAGAAAGGAGUGAGUAUGUGAAAAAAGUAAAAAGUAUCUUGAACAUCGUUAAGGAAGGACAGAUAUCUCUCCUGCCACACCUAGCUGCGGACAAUCUAGACAAGAUUCAUGAUGAAAAUGGGAACAAUCUGUUACACAUCGCUGCGUCGCAGGGACACGCAGAAUGCCUGCAGCACCUCACCUCUUUGAUGGGAGAAGAUUGCCUCAACGAGCGCAACGCCGAGAAGCUGACCCCGGCCGGCCUGGCCAUCAAGAAUGGUCAGUUGGAGUGUGUACGCUGGCUGGUGAGCGAAACGGAAGCCAUUGCAGAAUUGAGUUGUUCUAAAGAUUUUCCGAGCCUCAUUCAUUACGCAGGUUGCUACGGCCAGGAGAAGAUUCUUCUGUGGCUUCUUCAGUUUAUGCAAGAACAGGGCAUCUCAUUGGAUGAAGUGGACCAGGACGGCAACAGCGCCGUUCACGUAGCCUCACAGCACGGCUACCUUGGGUGCAUACAGACCUUAGUUGAGUACGGAGCAAACGUCACCAUGCAGAACCACGCCGGGGAAAAGCCCUCCCAGAGCGCUGAGCGGCAGGGUCACACCCUGUGCUCCAGGUACCUGGUGGUGGUGGAGACCUGCAUGUCGCUGGCCUCGCAGGUGGUGAAGUUAACCAAGCAGCUAAAGGAACAGACAGUGGAACGUGUCACGCUGCAGAACCAACUCCAACAACUUCUGGAAGCCCAGAAAUCAGAGGGCAAAUCACUCCCUUCUUCACCCAGUUCACCAUCCUCACCUGCUUCGAGGAAGUCGCAGUGGAAAUCUCCAGAUGCAGAGGAUGAGUCUACAGCCAAACACAAACCAGGAGUCCAGGAAGGGAUUCAGGUUCUUGGAAGCCUGUCAGCAUCCAGCCGGGCUAGGGCCAAAACAAAAGACGAAGAUUCCGAUAAAAUCCUACGCCAGUUAUUGGGAAAAGAAAUCUCGGAGAAUGUCUGCACCCAGGAAAAGCUGUCCUUGGAAUUCCAGGACGUUCAGGCUUCCUCUAGAAAUUCAAAAAAGAUCCCUCUGGAGAAGAGGGAACUGAAGUUAGCCAGGCUGAGGCAGCUGAUGCAGAGGUCGCUGAGCGAGUCUGACACGGACUCCAACAACUCCGAGGACCCCAAGAACACCCCUGUGAGAAAGGCUGACAGGCCCAGGCCGCAGCCCAUUGUAGAAAGCGUGGAGAGCAUGGACAGCGCAGAAAGCUUACACUUGAUGAUCAAGAAACACACCUUGACAUCAGGACGCAGGUUUCCUUUUAGUAUCAAGGCCUCUAAAUCCCUGGACAGCCAUAGCCCAUCUCCCACCUUGGAGAGCAGCGAACCAGACUUGGAAUCCCAGUGUGCAGGCUCGGGGAGCACUCCUCCCAACCAGCCCUCGGGGGACCCCACUCAGACCAGCCCUGACAGUGCCGCUGCCCAGAAAGUUGCCACGAGUCCCAAGAGCGCCCUCAAGUCUCCAUCUUCCAAGCGCCGGACGUCUCAGAACUUAAAACUCAGAGUUACCUUUGAGGAGCCUGUGGUGCAAAUGGAGCAACCUGGCCCUGAACUAAGCGGAGAAAAAGAUAAAGAAAGGGGCAGGAUCCCCCAUCGGGCCCCCGUGAGUAGCGAAUCAGGGGAUCAACUGAAACGGCCUUUUGGGACCUUUCGCUCCAUCAUGGAGACGCUAAGUGGCAACCAGAACAAUAACAAUAACUACCAGGCAGCCAGCCAGCUGAGGACCUCCACACUGCCCCUGACCUCGCUCGGAAGGAAGACGACAGACGCCAAGGGAAACCCUGCGAGCUCUGCUAGCAAAGGAAAGAACAAGGCAGAGAUGUACAGCAGCUGCACCAGUCUUUCCUCUAACACGCUGACUGAAGAGCGUCUGCAUAACUCUGCACGGCAUAAUGACAUCAAUAGAAAAAUGAAGAAAUCCUACAGCAUAAAGCACGUUGCUGAGCCAGAGUCAAAAGAACUCUUCCUAUAAAUCCAGUUUUUGUCUCCCACUGAUGCUCUUUGGACACCAUUGGAAAUUUCUGGACUAUUCUCUGUAGAAAUAGAACUAUGAGAACAAUGCCUCACCAGCAGAACAACAGAAUAUCAGGAUGCCUUAAAUUUAUAGUAGUAGACUAUGUAAGAUGCAUUUGGGGGUGAUAUCUGUAUAUACAACUUGUUUUUUUAAAGAGAUGCUGUUUAAAAGCAUGAUUGGGCAAAUGUAUGUUUUUUAAGAUUGGAUUGAUUCAGCCCACCCACAGGACAUUCACUAAGCCACUGAUGCCAUUUGUAUUUCCUCAGUUGCAUGAGUAUUUGCUAAUGUUGGUUGAACUUCCUUUUCCCCAUAAUAUGGGCAGAUUUGGCUUAAUUCCUCGAUGAGACCAGGUCAAUGGUAUUGUUUUCUGUCAAGAGUGUUUUUUCUGUCAUUUCUACUUUUUGUACAAAGGAAAUAAAACAAUGUUAACAGCCACCUAUAAGCUUGGGGCACCUACUUUCU